AGGAAAUUGACAUCAACAUUCAACAUACAUAUUAUAAACGUAAAUAAAAUAAAAGGAAGAAGGAAAGGAACCAAAAUUACAAAAAGUUAGAAAGAAUAAGAAUAAAAGCAAUGCUAUGACAGCUUUUGAAAUUUGAAUAUAAAAUAUAUUGACAUUUUAAGUUUUUAAGCUAGUGGAAUGGAUAAGCUAACAGUUAUAUCAGGAACGUUAUUUAUGGCAGCGGAUGUUUUUGCUAUAGUUAGCCUUGCUAUGCCAGACUGGAUUAUUACUGAUGUAGGAGGUGACACACGUCUUGGAUUAAUGUGGUCUUGUAUGACACUCUACAAUAGACCUCAAGUAUGUUUCACUCCAGACUUGCAACCUGAAUGGCUAUUAGCAUUGAUUUGUAUACUUGUUGGAUGUGUUUGUAUUACAAGUACUGUCAUACUCUUGGCAUCAAGUCAUUUUGAUCGUAAUGUUAUUCCUUAUGCAAGAUGGGUUGGUUUUGCAGCAAUGGUUGCAUUUUGCCUUGCUGCAGUUAUUUUUCCAAUGGGAUUUCAUGUAGAUGAAAUUGGUGGACAACCAUACCAGUUACCAAAUAGUCAUCAAGUUGGAAUAUCCUACAUACUGUUUGUACUAUCACUAUGGAUAACUGUAAUAUCAGAGCUAUUUGCUGGAAAAGUAUGUUUACCACAUUUUUAGUUUUUAUUUUGUUAAUAAACUUUGUGAUGUACAUAAUGUUAAUGUUAUAUGAAUAAGUAAAAUUUAAAAUCAUUUUUUAAUUUAAUUUAAAAGCAUAGCUAGUAUGUAUAGAAUCUCAAAUUUUAAUAUUUUUAUUAUUUUGUAUGUUGAUGUAUAAUUAUGGCAGUAUGUUAUUAAAGAACUACUGAAACUUUAUCAUUAUUUUAUUACUGUAAAAUAACUACCAACUAUUAUUAUUCAAAGUGUAAAUAUGUGCUUAAAUAAAAAUUGGUUAAAUGCAAAAUAUAAGAUCCAAAAGUCAACAAAUAGAAAAUGUUUUGAAUUAAAAAAAAGCAACAAAAUAUCUUUUCAAUAUGACCUCUUGAUUGUGACACAUUUUUUACUUACUGGAAUUAGUAUUUUUCUUCCCAAGUUAAGUUAAAUUUAUUUCAAUCUGUGCUGUGAUUGAUUAAUAAAUAAGUAACGUAUACACUUGAAACUGUGCUGUGAUUGAUUAAUAAACAAUUAACGUAUUUAACGGAG